GCAGUCGUGUUCGCCGUUUUGACCAUACAAUAUACAUUCAUGUCUGCUCCAAGUGGUCCUUAUCCAGUUUCAACUACCUCGUUUAUCACCAAAGCCCCAUUCCCUAUCAAUAAUUUAAUCAAUCCAUAUGCAGAGUCUCUGCUCAGGGUGACAUUAAAUUAUGUGUCUGCAACUAAAUUUGCGGAUAACUGAAUAAUUUUCGAUCAAGAAUUUGUGUUUGAAUCGGAUUGGUGAAAAAAAUGAGAGAGCUAAGGCCAUUGGUGCACCUUCUGUUGCCUCUGUGUGUCCAUUGGGUUGCUGAAGAAAUGACUGUUUCAGUUCUAGUCGACGUCACCACUAAUGCUCUUUGCCCGGGACAGAACACUUGCCCUCAAGCAAUCUAUAUUAAUGGCAUCCAGCAAACUGUAGUCGGCAUAUUCAAGAUGAUAGUUCUUCCACUUUUGGGUCAGUUGGCGGAUGAAUAUGGACGAAAACCGUUGCUUCUUAUCACUGUAUCCACCACAAUUGUUCCUUUCACUUUACUUGCCAUUGAUCAAUCAAAAGGAUCUGUGUAUGCUUAUUAUGCUAUCCGGACCAUUUCCUAUAUCAUAAGCCAAGGGAGCAUCUUUUGCAUUUCUGUUGCUUAUGCUGCAGAUGUUAUUGAUGACAGUAAAAGGGCUGCUGCCUUUAGUUGGAUCACAGGCCUUUUCUCAGCUUCACAUGUUGUAGGUAAUGCCCUAGCGCGUUUUCUUCCUGAAGGAUACAUAUUUGAGGUGUCAAUAGCUCUAUUGAUCUUUGUCCCUGUUUAUAUGGCACUUUUUCUGAAAGAAACAGUGGGACCAACUCAAAAAUCAGACCAGCACAUCUCUGUCUUUAAUAAGGCAUUGGAUAUUGUUAAAGGACGAUAUUAUGCAAUGAAGUAUGCUGUGCAUGUUGUUACCAGCAGUUCAACGCUUAAGCGCAUUUCUCUUGUUUCCUUCUUCUAUGAAUUGGGGAUGUCUGGCAUCAGCAGCGUCCUAUUGUACUACUUGAAAUCAGUUUUUGGUUUCAACAAAAAUCAGUUGUCAGAAAUCUUGAUGAUGGUGGGGGUUGGCUCAAUUUUUUCUCAGGGACUGCUUUAUGGUUUGGCCUGGGCACCAUGGACUUAUGCAGUUAUAUCCAAAGGAUCAAACUCGUCAGAUCAGGGGAAAGCACAAGGCUUUGUUGCUGGUAUUCAAUCGGUUGCAAGUCUGCUUUCACCACUUGCAAUGAGUCCUCUCACGACAUGGUUUUUAUCCGGCAAUGCACCUUUCAACUGUAAAGGUUUCAGCAUCAUAUUUGCAUCUCUAAGCAUGGUAAGCUUGAUUAAUCUUUACUCUUAGUAGGACAACUCUUCAGAUAUAAUAAAUGACACAAAUAUCAUCCUUGGGAAGUGUAAUUCGCUAAAUAGAAGCAAAUGUCGAGGGCUAAUUUAUCAACUGACAUAUACACAUUCCUUUUGGUGGUGAUUUUAAGAACUACCCAUGAGGUUUGGGGUAUUUAGAAAAUCAGGAAAGUAUCAAAUUGCACGACACCCCAUUGUAGUUUGAUUCUUUCUUGAAUUUAAGGACUUGUAAUAUUUUAAAGUAACACAAGUGUUGUGAUCACACUUUUUAUUAUUCAUUUAGGUUAUCUCACUGUGCUUCGCAUGGAUGCUAAAGUUAGAUCACAGGGAAGACAUUGAAACAUCGCUACUAUCAUAAGAUUUAGUUACUGUAGAGAGGGCUGCUAUCGUAUCAAUAUUUUUGACUUAUAGAAGAGGGCUGCUAUCGCAUCAAUGUUUUCGACUUUUAGAAGACUGUAUCUAAACACUGAACAAAUUGUCCAUGCAUCUAAUUCUCGGUAUGGUUUGGAAGAUCAUAGGCAUUUCAUGAUGUGCAAAAAUAUUGAGGGAGACUCACUUCAUGGGAUGGGCCUUAUGAUCUGCCCCGCUCGAGUUGUAAAUGUUACACGUAGUUGACGAUAUAUAUCUAUAUUGUAUCCUACAAUGUUGUUUAGUUUGGAUAAAUAGCAACCAAAACAUUGAUUAAUUCUUUUUUUUUUUUUUACAAUUUUUUAACUCAAAAUGCAUCUUAAA